AUGUCGCUUACAAAGUACGACGAAAACACAGCGUUCCUCGGCGACUGGGGUCGUUUUCAAAAGACCGUCUUCUUUUUACUGUGCUCGAGCAUUAUCCCGAACGGUUUCACCGGCUUAUCCAUUGUUUUCCUGGGUGACACACCGCCUCAUCAUUGUCACAUUCCGGAUAGUGUGAAUAUCACUGCUGAAUGGAGGAACGUCUCUAUUCCGCUCGAGGACGGAACCACACGUUUUAGCAGAUGCACGCGAUACAAAUUAGACAUAAUAAAAAGUUACUCAGAUCGAGGUUUGGUGCCAUGGGUUGAUGUGAACGUAUCUUUUAUAGGAACAGAGAGCUGUAAGGAUGGAUGGGAAUACGACCGCAAAACAUAUCUGUCUACUAUCGUCACCGAGUGGGAUCUUGUGUGCUCAGAUGAUUGGAAAGCACCUUUGACCUCCUCUCUCUUCUUCUUUGGUGUUCUGUUUGGAUCCUUAAUCUCUGGACAACUGUCUGACAGGUUUGGAAGGAAAAUUGUUCUGUUUUCAACCAUGGCAGUUCAGACAAUUUUCACCCUAAUUCAAGUCUUCUCACAACAUUGGAUUACAUUCUGCUCACUUUUCUUUGUUGUUGGGCUGGGACAGAUUUCGAACUAUGUGGCUGCAUUUGUUUUAGGAAUGGAGAUUUUCAGCGUUCGCGUGCGCAUCCUCUAUUCAACCGUUGGAGUGUGCAUUUUCUUCUCUAUUGGUUAUAUGGUGCUUCCUCUUGUGGCCUACUUCAUAAGAGACUGGAGGAUGCUACUGCUCACCCUUACCAUACCUGGUUUUUUCUACGUCCCACUUUGGUGGUUUAUUCCAGAGUCUCCAAGGUGGCUGCUUUCUCAGGGACGAGUAGAAGAAGCUGAGUCUAUACUGAGACACGCUGCCAGGAUAAAUGGGAUCCAAGCCCCAGAAAUCAUUUUUCCAAUCCAGUCUGGGGAGAAAACUGCAGGGGGGGAGUCUCAUAACUUCUGUGAUCUGGUGAGGACCAGCAACAUCCGUACAAUUACAAUACUGCUGUGUCUAGUCUGGACGACACUCUCUAUAGGAUACUUUGCCUUAUCUUUGAACACCUCCAACCUGCAUGGGAACUCCUAUCUUAAUUGCUUCCUUUCAGCAGCUGUGGAAGUGCCUGCUUAUAUUAUUUCCUGGUUCAUGUUUUGCUACUGGCCUAGAAGGUUGUGUCUCUUCUCCACUCUUUCUCUGGGGGGAGUGGUGCUGCUUUUUGUUCACCUAGUACCUGAAUAUAUGAAUUAUGUUGCAAUUUCACUGGAAAUGCUAGGAAAGUUUGGAGUGACCAUAGCCUUUGCAAUUGUGUAUGCUUUUACUGCUGAGCUGUACCCUACUGUCUUAAGAAACACAGCUGUGGGAACUUGUUCUAUGGCAUCAAGACUGGGCAGCAUAUUUGCACCGUAUUUCAUCUAUCUGGGAGGAUAUUAUAGAGCCCUGCCUUACAUUCUAAUAGGAACACUAAGUGUUCUGUCUGGGUUGCUAAGCCUCCUGAUUCCAGAGAGCUUUGGUAUGCCUUUGCCUGAGACCAUUAAUCACAUGCAGAAAGUCACUAGUUGUAAAAAGAGAUGCCAGUGUUUCGAUCUUGCCUGUUUCAAAGGUGAAGAAGAACGAGGGACUGAAUUCUAA